AUGUCGUUCCUGCGACUCGGGUCUUCCAGACGCUACAACGUGACCAACACUCCCCCCACCUUCCAUCUCAGAGCCCUCCAUGCCCCCGUCAUCGCCGAACUCAAGCAACUCCAAGAAUUCGACCUGAAAAUCCGACUCGAAUAUCUGAAAAGUCGGGCGAGGACUAUUGAACGCCAAAUCGUCUCCGACUUACGACUAAUGCACGACUUGCAUCGCCAGGAAAUCGCACUUCUUCGGGAAGAAUUCAGGUCGAAAAAUGUGACCUUUCAGCGAGACUUGGAACACUAUUUUCGACAACAGAAGAGCCACAUUGAAAGUGUUGUGUUUAAAUAUGCAACGGAGAUGUUGGAAUUGGACCCCAAUUCGAGCAAAGAAAUCGAGAAGUUGUUGAAAAGGAUGAUGGAUGAGCUAGGGGUGGAAGCCGAGGAAGUGGUGUGGGGAGGGGAAAAGCGGAAAUGGUGGUUCUGUGGCUGUUUCUAA